AUGAGAGCAGACAAACCACACUCAGUCCCCUUUGACUAUGGUUAUUAUGGGAGUCUUUCCAGUCCUACUUUAGGAGUUCAUGAAAUGAAUAUUGGCCCAAUUCUCUUCCAAGUGGCCACAGGGGACAUCACCAAAGAAGUGGCAGAUGUGAUUGUCAAUUUAACAAAAAACACAUUUAAUCUCAAGUCAGGGGUGUCCAAAGCAAUUCUGGAAGGUGCUGGACAAAAUGUGGAGGCAGAGUGUUCUGACUUGGCUCAACAGAACGAUGAGUAUAUACUUACUGAGGGUGGAUUACUGAAAUGCAAGAAUAUUGUCCAUGUUGUUGGUGGGAAUGAUGUUAAGAGAUCAGUUUCCUGUGUGUUGGAAGAAAGUGAACAACGGAACUACUCAUCCAUUUGCCUAUCACCCAUUGGCACAGCUGAAAUCCCUGCCAAUUGGAGUGACAUGAAGCAGAAGAAUUUGCUUGUAGUCAGUCUGCAACCCAGUGAUCCUGAAUACAACAUGGUGGCAAGCAAGUUCAAGCAGACCUGCACAAACUUUAUCAUAGAGAAUAUCAAAAGGAUCCAGAAUCCAUCUCUCUGGAGGAGGUACCAGGCAAACAAAAAAAUUAUGGAUGAAAAGAAUGGCCAAGGAAGGAACGAGAGCCAGCUCUUCCAUGGGACAGAGGCUGGCUGUAUCCUACACCUCAACAGCAAUGGGUUUAACCGCAGCUAUGCUGGGAAGAAUGCUGUGAGCUAUGGGAAGGGAACCUAUUUUGCUGUCAAGGCUUCCUAUUCUGCCAGUGACACAUACUCCAAACCAGAUGCCAAUGGGGAAAAGCACAUGUACUAUGCACGGGUUCUCACUGGGAACUACACAAUUGGAAACUCGACACUGAUUGUACCUCCUUCAAGGGACCCUUAUAAUCCUACUGAUUUGUAUGACACUGUCGUAGAUAAUUAUCAAAAUCCAAGUAUAUUUGUAGUGUUUUAUGACAAUCAAGCAUACCCAGAGUAUCUUAUCACAUUUAGGCGUUGA